UACUGUUCGUAAAAACAUAAAAUACACUACAAGUACUUGUACAUACUCAGUGUAUCAGGCCGCACUCAGAUAAGUCAGGAGUCAAAGGUGCAAUAAAAACUAUUGUCUAUCCUUAGCAUAUAAUAUCGAUCAUCCAUCAUGUUUUCACAAGUUUUCAUCCGACGAUCCCUUCAUACAACCCCCCGUCUUCUGUCUACCGCUUCGGCUCUCGAAGUAUCCCUUCGCAAUGCCCUCAAGACUGCCAUGAAGUCAAAGGACAGACCUGCAGCCAGUUGCCUGAAGUCAGUCUUAGCGGAUGUCACGAAUGCCGCCAAGUCUGGACCAAACCCCAAUGAGCCCCCAACUCAUGAAAGCGUUAUCAGCGUUCUGCGCAAAGGAAUUGCCCAGCGCACUCAAGCUGCCGAGUCAUACGCGCCUUCGUCUCCCUCUGCCCACCCCGAAAAUCAUGCUUCCUUGACUAACGAAAUCUCUCUCCUUCGAUCUUUCCUCCCAGCUGCCCCUUCUGAAGAGGUAUUGCAAUCAAUCAUCAAGAAGACUAUCGAAUCGUUACCUGAAGACGUACGAUCAUCAAAAGGGGCCGCUGGCAAAGUGUUACAAGCGCUGUGGGAGGAACUGGGCGAAAGUAAGGCCGCGGUGGAUAAGAAGGCUGUUGGAAAAUGGGUGCAGGAAGCCUUGAAAGCUUAAUCAGGCAUACUGGAUACGUGCGUAAUGCAUGCAUACAUAGUCUCGUACGUAUACGCCGUGCGGAGCAGUUUAUGCUGUUGCAAGGCGUGGCGGCCUGCCGCUAUGUAAUGACAGUUCGAAAUGUCAUUGCAACAUGGAAUGAACGAAUCCGACGACG